AUGUUGCGAAGGGCAUUCUCGUCCACCGCCAGAUGUGCCAAUUCUCUCGCCAACAAUGCAUUGAUCCGUGUGGGGCAUAUCCUUGAGUGUGGUCGCCAUCCUGAUGCUGAUAAGCUCUACGUGUCUCAGAUCGAUGUCGGUGCUGAGUCGCCUCUUCAAGUGUGUUCAGGGCUUGUGGACUAUAUGCCCUCAACCGAGCUCCAGGACCGCAAAGUGUGUGUGGUCACCAACUUGAAACCGCUGAAGAUGAGAGGGGUGAAGCUGGAAGCGAUGCUUUUGGCUGCUGAUGCCAAUAACCAAGUGGAAUUGGUGGACCCGCCUACUACUAGUGGUGUGGGCCAGAGACUCUGGUUUGGUGACGGCGAUGAGCCGCCAUUGCCGUCGAGAGUGAAACCGAAAGUGUGGCAAGAGAUUGCCGAAAAGCUUGGUACUAACGGUGAUAAAAAGGUGGUGUUUGAUCAAUCGCAAUUGCUUCGAGAUGGGGAAGGAAACCCGUGUACCGUGAAGACUUUGGUCAAUGCCUCCGUGCGAUAA